AUGGAGAAGGACAACCCCCCACAUUUGGUGAUUCCCACAUCGGUGAAAACUAUUAUCUCAAGGAUUGAGGCUGCCCAGCUAACUAGGACUCAGGAGGAUAUUUCUCACCAGCUCUCAGACAUCUUGGACAACGUCAAUUGUGCCAUCAACCGUUUCCAGGAAGAAUUAGGAUAUGAUUUAAAAGAAAAGGCGAAAUCUCAUCAGCCAGAGCAAAAAGGAAAGAAGAGAUUCAUCUUGCUGGAGAAAAUUGCCUCCUUCUCCAAAGAUGCUAAGACUAAAGAGAAGCACCUCUAUGAAAUCCUUGACUGGCUGGGUGACUGGGGUGACAGUCUAACCUAUGAGAUAAAGAACAGGAAGAGUGAGGAGGAAGAGGAAGGCAUGGACGAAUGGAUUGAGGUGAUGGAGAAAGUGUUGCCUCUCUCCCUCAUGGCUACCAAGGGAGGCAUUGAGUCUCUCAUUUCUCUUUGCUCAACUCUCAUUGAAGAACAAAAGAAAAAGACACAAAUGUCCAAACAUAACUUAUGGGCGGACUGGCUGGAGAAAAGCCAACAAAAGUCUUCACCCCACCCCCAGCCACCAAGCCCAGAGCACAUGUUCCAGGACAAGCCCAGCGCGUGCACCAAGGUCUCCGAGGUGAAGUCCAUGCUGCAGGAGCUCCUGGACUCUACCAUGUUCAACAAGGGGGAGGUCAAGGCCAUCAGGUACAUGGCCACUGUGGUGGAGAACCUCAACAAGGCCUUGAUCUUCCAGCACAAGGAGAAUAGGGACCUGGAGACCAAAUACAGGCACCUGCAGUUAGAGAUGACCAAAGAGCUGGGCAGCCAGAAACAGUACUUCCAGAAGUCCAUCGAAGACCUUGAGAGCAAGAGGGAUGCUCUCCUAAAGCAGGUAGAGGCCCUAGGGCGGAAGUACCAUGACCUCCUCCUGAUAAAGCGCGCCCUAGAAUUCCAGCUGCAGGCCGCUCAGACUGCCGGCGGCCAAGCAGAAGACUUGGGUGAAGAUUUUGUUCACUCCACGAGCACCCCUGAAAAAGAGACCCUUCCAGAAAAGGAGAUGGUUGUGGAGGAAACACAGCCGGAGCUCAAGGAAGAGCAGCAUUUGUUCUCCCCUCUCUCCCCAAGAUCCUCAGCCAAGGCCUCGGACGGUGGGGCUACACCUCCCGCACGCCCCCCGCGCCCCAGCUUGGCGGUGCAUGCAAGGAUCGCGGAUGUGUUCAGUGAUCACACUAGGAGCCUGGAGCCCGUGCUCCUACCCUCCAGAGCUCCCGAGUUCCCGGUGCAUUGGGAGAGACUGGUGGCCGAGGACCCAGGGCCCGAAGAUAAAGACGAGGAGAAGGAGGAUGUCCAAAAGUCCUGUCACAGCAAGCACUCGUCCCCACCCGGCUCCGGGAAGAUGAGUCUGGAGAGCCAGGUGGGGCACUGGGAGGAAGAGCUGGGCUGGGAACGGCAGAGGCAGAAGUGGCUGCAGGAGGAGGAGAUGUGGCUCCAAAGGCAGAAGAAGUGGGCCCUGCAAGAGCAGGAGCACCAGGAGAAGCUGCGGCAGUGGGAGGCCGAGGCGGCGGCCCGGCAGCAGUGGCAGAGGCUCACCCAGCCCGAGGAGGAGCCCCGCAGCUCCAAGAAGGGGCCGAGGGAGCGGAAGGAGGACGCAGAGAGGUUGAUCUUCACGACCACCAGCCGCUGGCGGAACUUGGAGAAGGCCGAACCCUCGCCAGUGCCUCCCCCGAGCCGGUCGCAGUCGGCUUGCCAAAGCAGGCGGCCGCGCCUGCCCGUGGCCCCGCACGCCCAGGAGCCCUGCCCCCGAGCCCUGAGGACCGCGAAUUCCGCCGAGGUCACGCAGCGACCCCCACGGGCCGCCCAGCAGGUUCCCACCAAACCCAAGAAGUCAACCUCCUGUCCCAUCACUGGGACAACGAUCCGCAGGGUGGCCCGGCCCCCUAUGCAUAAAUACCCGGUCACCCCCAAGGAGAAGGAGUACCGCAUGGACACGCAGGCCCAGCGGAAAAACCUGCAGCUCCUGGGCGGGGAGGCGGAGCUGGCGCUGCCGCACUACCUGCGCAGCAAGGCCCUGGCGCUCACCACCACCACGAUAGAGCUGAGCAUCUGCAAGCUGCAGUGCCUGUGCCAGAAGUACAUCCACUACCGACGGUUCCAGAGACUCCGACAAGAAGUGAUCAGACACAUAAGAGCCAUGCGACAAACAAGGGCCACCCAUAAAGCCCAGAGCCUCUAUCUCUUCCUGGAAAAUAUAGACCAUCAGCAGAGGGUCAAGCUGCAGGCCUGGACAGACAAGAGGAAGCACCUGGAGAUGAAGCACCGGGAGUGCCUGCGCAGCAUGGUGACCAUGUUCCCCAGGCUCCAGCGGGAGUGGAACGUCCACUUGAACAUCCCAGUCACCUCCACAAAGCCAAAGAAAUGCAAGUCACCCCCAGCCUUACUGGAGAGAGUCCACUCAGGUGGCACCACUAGCAAGGGCCCCUCUGCUUCUAAGCAUCUGGAGUCUGCGCCCCUGCAGAUGGCCAGCCACCAGGGGAGGAAGAUGGAAGCCAUCUGGAAGGCUGAUGUGGCCUCUUCAAGUCACCCAAUAGAAAGGAAGACCCCUGCUAGCCUGCCCUGGGAUCAACUAGAGGGAUACCCAGAUAUCCCCCGGCUGCUGGCAGUGGACGAACAUUCCUAUCACAGAAACAUGAAGUCCUCCAAGACCCACUCUUUCAGUGCCUCAACAACCCAGAUGAAGGAAUGCCAGGACCCAUCAGAGGAGCUAGCUGAAUUUGUCUACAAAAAAUCAAGCCAUUCACUCCCUGGAGUCCUACAAAGCAAGAAGGAUCGAGGCAGCUUUAGACCCCACUCCAUUCCUUAGCUAGUAAGUCUCAAACUUCCAAGUGACUAAAAA